AUGGCGAGCGAGUGGCAGUCUCGUCGAGCGUCGCUCAUGACGCGCCGGUCGAGCUGCAAGGUGGCUGUUGACAUUAAGCCGGUCGACGUCCCGUCGCCAGAAGAGACAGGCACGCGCUGCCCGCGGCCGCGCGGCAUUUGCAUCGCAAGCUCGUUCCUCAGCCGGCUGCCGAUCGCCGCCUUCCUCACAAUCCUGGCCGACGUCACCGCUGCAUCCUUUGGGUCGCUGAUAUUGCCAGCCGCCUUGGGGUUCUCGUCCUCUGCCGGCGUGCACCUGUUCCUUUUGUCCAUCAUCGUGGGCCAGGCGGCGGCUUGCCUCUUCAGCCGGUUCCCGUACGCCACCGCCGGCGCCACUCUCGAGCUCGUUCCUCUCCUCGUUCCAAUCGCCGAACUCAUCGACCCUGCGCUGCCCGUCGCCGCUCGCGCCUCUACGCUUAUCGCCACCUACUCGAUGACGAGCGCACUCGUCGGGACGCUGCACACGUGUGUCGGCCGCUGCAAGCUGGGCGGCAUCUUCAGAUGCAUCCCGCUCAUCGUUCUCAAGGCCGCGCUCGGCGGCGUCGGCCUCUUCAUGGUUGUGGAAGGCCUCGAGACCGGGUCGGGCGGAGAGAUGGAGUGGGGCGCGCUUGUGGGCAAUCCAGGCACGCAGAUUCGAAUCGCGUGCACGCUUGUCCUCAUCUGCGCCCUCGCGGCUGUGCAGUGGCUCGUUCGUUCGCCGAUUGCCGGCGUCUUGUUCCUCGCCGCCGCCACCCUGCUGGCGCACGCACUGCCCCUCGUCGGCCUGCCCAAGCUGGACCAGCACUGGUGGUUUGGCGGCGGCGGCGAGGGCGGCGGCGAGGGCGGCGACGCCGACGCCGACCCUUCGGCCUCCUCGCCCUUGGGGCUCCUCUCGCAACUCUCGUUCGGGGAGGUGCAGUGGGCGGUGGUCCUCUCGGCUCUCCCCUACUCCCUCUCCUGCUGCCUGGUGCACUCGCUCGUGACCAUCACAGACCUCGUCUCGGUCGAGGCGGUCGCGACGGCGCGGCCUGCGUCGCGGCAGGGCGAGACCGAGCGACCGCCGCCCGCGGCCGCCUCCUUCGACCUCGAUCGAGAGCUCAGCUCGAUCGGCAUGGCCAACUUGUUCGCCGCGUGCGUUGGUACCAUCCCCAACUACGUGCAGCUAUCCCCAAGCGUGGCAAACAUGAGCCUGAGUCGCGGCUUGCGCGGUCGUGCGCGCGCGGGCCCGUGGGUCGUCCUCUUUGCCGCCUGCUCCACGCUGGUGGUGUCGGACGUGGCCGCCUCGGUGCCACGCGCGGUCGUUGGCGCCUACAUGGCGCACAUGGGCAUCGGAUUCAUGGGCGAGGGCUUGGAGACCAUCCGGCGCACAAACGACACCGUCGACAAGCUGCUCGUGGUUGUCGUGCCCCUGCUCAUGGCGUGCAACUUCUUGUCCGGCCUGCUCUUUGGCCUGAUUGUCUCGCUCAUCAAGUUCGUCAUCAUCUACUCGCGCGCGCCCAUCGUUCGCGUGCACACCGACGGGCUGCAGUCAAACACGGUGCGGCCCUGGAUGCAUCGCACGUUUCUGCUCGAGUAUGGCGCCGCCAACAUCCACAUCGUCUCGGUACACGGCUUCCUGAUGUUUGGAUCUUCGCCCCAGCUCUCGCGGGCGGUGGCUGCCGUCGCCGAGGCGCACAGUGACACCACGUCCGGGGCCACGGCAAAGGGUGAAGCAAGUAGCGCCGACGGACUUGCAGAGGGGUGCGGUGGCGACGAGGCUGCGCCGCCGGUGCCCGUGAUGCCGCCCUGGUUUGUGAUCCUCGAUCUCGCCGCGUGCAAGGGGUGCGACUUUGGCGCGGUGCAGGAGCUCAUCAAGCUCUCCGAGACGGUGGCCGACAGAGGCGGCGCGCUGCGCCUCACUCUGCCGCCCGCACACGUGCGAGCCGCCCUCGAGAGCGGAUCUCGAGGGUUGCUCGGCCAGCUCGAGGGCCUGCAGCAGACGCUCUGCGAAUGCGAGGACGCCAUCAUCGCCGCGUGCGCACCCGGCGGCUUUCGCCGGAGGUCGCUCCCAACCGUGGUACCUAGCGGCGGCAACUCCACGCGCGACCACGAGACUCUUCUGUGUGCGUGGUAUCAAGACACGCUCCUCGAGCCGCACAGCCAACCGACGGACGCGCAGGUGGAGCUGGCGGCGACACUACUUCGGCUGGGCGAGCGGCGGGAGGUUGCCCCCCGAGAGGUGGUGUGGCGGGAGGAGAGUCAGGCGGGUUUCUUCGGCUACGUCCUCGAUGGCGAGCUCGAGCUGCUGCACUGCGGCACAAAGAUCGAGCUGCUGGUGCCGGGCUCGACCUUUGGCUUCCUCUUUAUGAUUUGUGGCGCCUACACCGGCGGCAAGCGCGAGACGACGCUUGUCGGAAAGAGCCCGCGCGGCAGUACGCUCCUCCUCAUCUCAGAGGAGACCUGGGCGGGCUUACGCCACACCCACCCCGAGCUCGAGCGGCUGAUGAAAGACGGCAUGCUCCGCAGAGUGGCGCACGAGUACCACGCCUUUGUGCGCCACCACGAGCACCGAGGCACUCCGGAGGGAACGCUGCGUGGCGGGCUGGUGCCCCGCCAGACGCGACAGCGAAUCGGAAGGGUCUCAUGA